UCAUAAGAGAUGAGAAAUCAUCACAAGAUAACCAGACCAAGGGGAGCUAUCAACUUCCCAGCUAAAAAAACAAAUCAUCAUAAAUUAAUUCGACCAUAAAAAAAAUAAAGCCCACAUAAACUUAAAUGUGCUUUAGAGCAAGUUCUCUGCAUCUCUUCUAUACUCUUACUUCCUCCCCCCUCCUUCCUCCGACAUGGACACCAAAUCUCUAUUGUCCUCUGCUAAAGCUAUAUCUUCCUUUGCUCUUAUGCUCCUUUCCUUCCUUAAUUACACAGAAGCAGAAACCUUCGACAGCCACAACAACCAUAUGUACCAUAAUUCUUCUGAUAAAUCAACAGAGACCAACAUAAGCUGCAACUUUUUUUAUGGAAGUUGGGUGUUUGAUUCUUCAUAUCCUCUAUAUGAUUUCUCUACUUGUCCCUUCAUUGAUGAUGAGUUCAACUGUCAGAAGUAUGGCAGACCUGACAAGCUCUACCUCAAGUACAGAUGGAAGCCAGAGGGAUGUGAGCUCCCAAGAUUUGAUGGCAAGGAUUUCUUAUGGAGAUGGAGGGGGAAGAAGAUCAUGUUUGUUGGUGAUUCGCUUAGCUUGAAUCAGUGGGAGUCUUUACUCUGCAUGAUUCAUUCAGCUGUUCCUAAUACAAGGACUUCUUUGUCUAGAGCUGCUUCCCUGUCUUCAGUUAGGUUUGAGGACUAUGGCUUAUCAAUCAUGCUCUACAGAUCAACAUACCUUGUUGACAUAGUAAGGGAGAGGAUCGGACGUGUGCUGAAGCUGGACUCCAUACAUGAAGGUCAGGCGUGGCUUGGUACUGAUCUCCUCAUCUUUAACUCUUGGCACUGGUGGACUCACACUGGAAACAGCCAACCAUGGGAUUAUGUUCAGUAUAAGAACAAUAUAUACAAGGACAUGAACAGGUUGGAUGCCUUCUAUAAGGGGAUGACAACAUGGGGAGGAUGGGUAGAUUCCAAUGUAAACCCAGAGAAGACCAAGGUUUUCUUCCUGGGCAUCUCUCCCACGCAUUACCAGGCAGGAGAAUGGGGAGGAUCAAAUGCUAAAAGUUGUUACAGAGAGACAGAACCGAUAGAGGGAUCAAGAUAUCCAGGUGGUUCACUCCCAGCACUGAGCAUUGUGAAGAAAGUGCUGAACGCAAUGUCUGUGCCCGUUUAUCUACUUGACAUAACCCUUCUAUCUCAACUAAGAAAGGAUGCUCAUCCUUCUACAUACAGUGGAGAGCACUCGGGAGUGGAUUGCAGCCAUUGGUGCCUCCCUGGUCUACCUGAUACAUGGAAUCAGAUUCUAUAUGCAGUUCUUCUCAAUAAAGGAGAGACGAGUUCAGCGUUUUCUGCUUCCAAUAAACUUUCUGCAUUCUGGAUUCAUUAAGAACUGUAGAUUGGUAGGCACGAUAUGAAGGAAUACUACCUCAGCUUUUGUUUUGGGUUUUGAGAAAAUGAUGAUACAGUUUGAAAUGUUGAAUGAUAGGUUUAUAUUUGAUAAGUUUGCAAGAAUUGUAACGUUGUAAUUUGCAUUGCUCAUUGAACAUUUUUAUUGGUUCUACCAUUUAAUAUUCCUUCUAAGAUAUCAGGGCUAUAUAUACAGUAUAUAUGCAGUUCUAAUUUCUUAAUUCAACUACAAUUUAUGUUAAA